AAUGUGAUACUUAUGACACAUACAAAAUUCUCUAUGGUCCAGAAAAAAAGAACCAAACCAUGUGAUCCUUACACAAUCCAAAAUAAAGGCCCUGUGCUGGUGCUGUUGCUAGCUACUGCUGCAAGGGGAAGGCCCAUGAGUCCUGAUGCUGGAAAUCUUCUCCUUGCCUUGCUCUGAAUGAGCAAAUGGCCAAAGUAUUUCAAGUGCUUGGCAGCUGAAGCAUUCCUGAAGUUCCUUCUGUGUUGGAUUACAGUCUUGAAGGGGAAUCCCCAUCACUAGCAGCUUCUGUCCUUCAUUAUCAUCCCUGUGAAACCAAUUACCUUGAGAGGUGUCACUCAACAAAGACCAUUUACUGAAAGGCUGAGAGUGAAAGGAGAAGAUGGCUGUAUUAGCUCGUAGCAUUCUGGUGACAGGUUCAAACCGUGGAAUUGGCCUGGAAUUGGUGAAGCAGCUCGUGGAGAUGUCUGAUCCUCCUGAACACAUCUUUGCAACCUGCCGCGAUCCUGAUGGACCCCGAGGAAGGGCCUUGCAUGAUCUAGCUGACAAGUACCCCAGCAUUCAUGUGGUCCAGUUAGAGGUGGAGAACCAAUCCAGUGUGAAGGCUGCUGUGGCAAUUGUACAAUCUUAUCUGGAAGGAAAGGGCCUGAAUCUGCUCAUCAACAAUGCAGGCGUGGAUACCUAUGAUACAUUGCAAACUGUGGAGCAGCAAGAAAUGCUUUGUACCUUCAAUAUCAAUGUAGUGGGACCCAUCCUUGUGGUUAAGGAAUUCCUGCCUCUAUUGAAGAGGGCAGCUAAGGAGGCAGAAACAGAAGGAAUGAGCUGCAGCAAGGCAGCCAUAAUCAACAUAAGCUCCAAACUGGGUUCCAUUGCACAGGGCUUUGAAGUUAUGCUGGACCCAUUUUAUGCAUACCGUGCAAGUAAGGCUGCCUUGAAUAUGGUCACUGCAUGCCUUGCUGUGGAACUGAAAGGGGAUGAAAUCCUGUGUAUUGCGAUCCAUCCUGGCUGGGUGAAAACAGACAUGGGGACAGAGAAGGCACCCCUGACGGUGCAGCACAGUGUGCAGGGCAUCCUUAAGGUGCUUGCCAGUCUGUCAUCAUCAUCAACAGGAACCCUUUUGGACUGGGAAGGGAGAAGAAUCUUUUGGUGAGGGGAUUGCUCACCUCAACACACCUGUCUCCCAGAGAGAACCUUUUUGGUACCUAAUGUACUGGGAAGGAAAACUUCUUUUGUGCUGAAAAAAACAUUCCCCUCUUUGUUUACACUUCAGGAGGAAUUCACUGUAGAAAACACUCUCAAUGUCUAACUUUACUAAUUUUUGUUGUCAUUAAAUGAUAUACUACAUUCUGCUGAAAAUC